CCCUGACAUACCAGAGGAUCUUCAGCACUGGAUUAGGUUCAUCUCUGCCAGUAGUCAGGCCUUGAGAGCGGAGAUUGGAUUAGAUGAGAAGACCAAAUGAUCAUUUGAAAAUCUUUGACCUUAAGCCUUUCUUGUGCAUGCUCGGGCGGACUGCAAGCUUUUAAAAUGGCGCAGGCUGGGGUUUUCCUGGAGCACGACCAGUUCAACUGUUCCAUCUGUCUGGACGUUCUUAAGGAUCCCGUGACAAUUCCGUGUGGACACAGUUAUUGUAAAGGCUGCAUCAAAGGCUACUGGGACCAAGAUGACUAUCUGGGUAUUUACGGCUGUCCUCAGUGCAGGCAGACUUUCACGCCCAGACCCUUUCUGGGUAAGAACACCAUGUUGGCUGACGUUGUGGAGAAGCUGAAUAAGACAGGACUCCACGCUGCACCCUCCGAUCCAACCCAUGCUGAGCCCGGGGAUGUGGAGUGUGACGUCUGCUCGGGGAAGAAAAACAAAGCCUUCAAAUCGUGUCUGGUCUGUCUGGCAUCUUAUUGUGAGAGCCACAUACAAGCUCACUUCGAGUCGCCCGCCUUCCAGAAACACAAACUGGUUUCGCCUUCCAGGAACGUACGAGAGCAGCUAUGUCGUCAGCACGAAAAACUGCUGGAGGUUUUCUGUCGCACAGAUCAGCAAUGUAUUUGUCACCUUUGUUUGACGGAUGAACACAAAGGGCAUGACACGGUUCUGGCAUCAAAAGAAAUUAAUGAGAAAAAGAACGCUCUGGCAGAGAUGCAGAGGAUUUCACAGCAAAGGAUUCAGGAGAGAGAAAAGGAGUUGGCAGAUCUGAGACAAGCUACACACAUGCUCACUCAUUCAGCACAAGCGGCUCUUGAUCAGAGCGAGUGUAUUUUCACAGAGCUGGUCUGCUCCAUCGAGCGACGGCGCACCGAGGUGAAAGAUCUGAUCCGAGGUCACGAGAGGGCGGCUGUGAGUCAGGCCGAAACGGUUCUUCAACAGCUGGAACAAGAGAUUACAGAGUUAAAGAAAAAACAUGCGGAAAUAGAAGAGCUCUCUCAAACAGAGGAUCAUAUCACUUUCUUCCAGAGUUGCAGGUCUCUGUGUGAUCAGCCGGUGCCUGUUGAAGUGCCAAACAUCGAAUCGGACCCAAACUUCAGACAUGUAGUGGCGGCGCUGUCGGAGUUCCAGGCUCUCCUAGAAGACGUGUACCAGGGCGGAUUUGUGAACAUCUCUGAGAAAGUAAAUGAUGUCACUAUUAUUCGACCCAUGAAACCGAAGACAGACUCUGAGUCAAACGCCGCCAUAGAAACACCUCUGAACUUUGGCCAGGCGGCACCGAACCCUUUUAACUUCGCUGUCCCCACGUUUGGUGGGUUUUCAUUGUCAUCUUAUGGAGCGCGAACAUCAGGUUCUCGACAGAAGCUCCUGCCACGCAGAAGAAGAAGGUAGCUUCAAGACCGGCCAUAAAGAUGCCUGAUCAGAAUGUGACGGAGGAACACAACUGAUGCCCACGAUGUUUUUAUUCUUCACAGAUUGUUUCUGGGGAAAUGUACAUUUUAAUAUUGUAUAAACUGAAAGAUGUAUUAUUCACAAACGUAUUCAUUUUCUGGUCUCCUACAAGUAUGUGCUUUGAGUGCAGGUCUGUGUGAUAUUUCAAAGUUUAAAAAUGAUUAUGUAAGCGAGAUAUAAGUAUUUUCUUAAGUUAUAAUCAUACAUAUUGUAUAGUAGGGCGUUUGAAGUCCCUCAAUUGCUUUAUUGCUAUUAACUCCAUGUAUUAACAGAGGUUUUAAUGUUGAUUUUAGCUUCAUAACAUGUAUGAGUCAUGGACAGUAUAUCAUUGCUAGUAUUUAAAAAAUUAGGAUGCUAAAUAUUUUUCAUUUCAUACGCAAAAUAAAGUUUCAUUCAUGCA